AUGGGGUGUACACCUUCCCACAGUGACAUUGUUAACAGCGUGGCUAAGAGUAGCAUCCAGUUUUUUAAAAAACCCAAAGCAAUUCUGCCAGGAAGUCAGGGGGACAGUGAAAGAUGCUCUGUCCCUUUGCUGGCUCAAAGCUCCACCUGCUAUGACUCUGGGGGGAACUUUUCCCAGGGACAGAGGCCAGCGGAGGUGCAGCCAGGUCCCAGAUGGACACAAACCAUGGCUGAAGGUAGAGAUUCCACUGCAGGCACAAAGAAAGAUCUAGAAGGGCGGAUCUCAGAAACCCAAACUUCCCCAUCCCAGCUGAACAAGUCGCAAAGCCACAGGGCUAAGGACAUUCCAUUCAAGACGCAGUGCUCCCAUGAGUCACAAAGAGCAAUCUUUUCUGAGGAAGAAAAUGCAGAAAGUGUUACCCAUGAGACCUCCCUGUGGGAGGGGGAGCCAAAAUGCCACGGGUCAGGGCAACAGGACCUUCGUUGCCAGACCACCCCUCUUGCUCAGGGGUCUGAAGGCAAAGUGGACUUUCCCGAGCCCCUCGUGAAGGCCCACCAGCGUGCUUACACCUAUCUGCACUCCUGCCUCUCCAAAUACGAAGCAGUUCUGAGCCUCACCCAUCAAGCCACCCAGACCCAGGAGCUGCUGCAGCCCAUGGUCAGCUUCCUGCUGCUGUGCUUCGAUGAGGUCAACCAGCUCUUGGGCGAGAUCUCCAAGGACGGAGAAGCACUCCUCCGGGAAGUGAGGGAGGACCUGGAUUGGCCGUGGAGGAAAGGGCAGCCCCGGGAGCCGCCAGGGCUCCUGCAGCAGCUUCUGCAGUACACAGUCAGCAGGCUGCAGGGCCUCCGUGGCGCGGCGGCCUCGCUCACCAGUGGCUCCCUGGAGGGCUCCAGCAGCUACCUGCAAGCCGCCGCAAGCCACUUGGGAAACAAGCUGAGCACGAAGAGGGCUGUGGACGCACGCCUCCUACAGGCUGUCGGGCAGCUGGAGAGCUUGGCGAGCGGCCACAGUGACCCUGCGGCUCAGGGUCUACCCUUGUGCUCUGAGGACAGUGGCAUUGGUGCGGACAGCGAAUCUGUGCACCUCGUGGACAAGCUGGGCAGGCAAGCCAGCUGGGACCUAACGCCGGACCCUGCAGACUGGAAGACAGGGAUUUCACCCCCAGUGGAGGCCGGGCUGUUGGGACAUGCCUGGCAGCAAAGCCCAGUCUGGGUGGGUUUGGAUGGACCCCAGGAAAGCCCACUCUCAAGGCCUCCUGAGGCAAAGGUUCAGCCAGCAGCCCAGGGUGGAGCAGGGAGCCCAGGCCCCUCCGGCUCAGGCCCAGAAAAUGCUGCCUCCAGGCCCGUGGGACUGGGCAAAAGCAAUUCCUAUAACUCCUCUGUGGCCGGGAUCUCUGUGGAAGCAGGUCUCUCUACAGGCUCUGGGUUGAUGGAUACUCCAUCCCUCAGGGAGGGGGAAGACAGGAGCACAGAGGAGGAGGAAAAUGAUUUCCAUCCAAGGCCGCAGUCUUCACCGGCUGGCCCAUUUCGUUCGUACCCCAGGAGGCUUAGGAGCCCCCACACCCAGGAAAUGAUUCUGAAGAUGAAAGAAGCAAUCAGUGAAAGGAUCAAGUUUGUCCCUGUGUCCACAGGGCACCAGGACUGGGCCGAGGAGGAGGAGAGGGCAGUGAUCCCACCAAGACCCAGCACCGUCAGUGACAGCCGGAGGGCCCCCGUGAGGCAGAGGAGGUCCCAGUCAGAGGCGUGUCUUAAGAGCCACAGGGAGGAGCCCACCCUCCCCGAGCUGCAGUGGGUCCAGAGAGACCUCAGCCAGCGGCUGGAGUCCUUCUGCUCCCUGGCCACCCGACGGCAGGGGCCGAGCAGGGAGCAAGUUCUGCAGCCCAGAGCAGCUUCUCUGAGGCCCGACGUCCACUGCAGGGCGGCCCCCAGCAGCCCCACCCCCAGCAGCCCCAUCAGCAAGCUGAAGGCCUCUCUGACCAAGAACUGCAGCAUUUUACCAAGUCAGGACAAGAGCAUUUUGCAGAAAUGCAGUCCCUGCCCCGAGGGCGGACGGCCGUGGCAGGGGGCAGCCGGGGGCUUUCCAAAUGUCAUUCCAUCGGGGCAGAGGGUCAGGGAGGCUCCCAGGGCUGAGGACUGGGGUGUCGGGGGCCACCCUCCCAGGACAUCAGUCAGGAAACUCAUUGAAACUUUCAGUUCCACUGAGAACCUGCAGGCACUGGGGGAGUCCACAGACUCUGGGCCCAACCCCUGCCUUAGGAAGUGGGGGGUCCCCAUCAUGCCCCCCAGGUUUCCCAUUUACAGGGGGCUUGCCCCUUUGUAUCCAAAGCCCCGAAUUUCUCCAGCGGCAUGCAGAGGACCUCUUGUGGGGGGCCCGGGCUGCAGGCCCGUAGCCCCUGUCUUUCCCCCUCUGCGCACGGCGUCCACCGGUGAGGACGUCCACGGCAAAACAGCGGGGGAGGACCCAGAGCUCCUCCCUCCGCCGCCUCUGGAAGUCCUGAUGGACAAAUCAUUCACUUCUCUGGAGCCCCCCAAAAGCAGCAAGCCAGCAGGGAGCUCUCCGGAAGGGACCCACGUGCCAGGGCUGGCAGAGGCCGGCCCUGCCCGGAGGACAUGGGCGCCCCCAAAGCUAAGGGCCUCUGUGAGCCCCACUGACCUGCUGCCCAGCAGGAGCACCGCCACCCCCGCCGGGCCCUGCGGCGCAGGGCCGGGGAGCAGCAAGAGCGGCUGCAGUCCUGGAGAGCGGGCCUUGGGCCUCGACCGCCCCCCAGCAGUCAGCCCCGAGGUGGAGGGCGGUGGGGCUCAGAGCCAGGCACGCGUGGGCAGACCCGCGAGCCUCUCCAGGCAGCCCCCGAAGGCAAGCGCCUGGCACCACUCCGGCCACACCUCUGGGCAGCACAGGACCUCAGAACCCAGCCUGCCCAGACCAACUCGGGGGCCACAUUCUUCGGAGGCCCCAAGGAAGAGCCAAGAGAGAAGCUCCCCCCUGGUCAGGGGGGCCUCCCCUGCGAGGGCACACUGGGCACCCAGAGCAGACAGAAGCCACCCAAGCCUGCCCUCCUCUCACAGACCCGUUCUGCCCAAUGCCCCCUCUGUGCAUGGGUCCCCCAGCCCCACAAGCAGCCCCCUGGUGAGCCCCAGGGCACUAAGCCCCACAACAGAAACAAAAGGAGCUUCCCCGCCACCCCAGCACAAUCUGCCCAGCCCUCCCCCCGAGAGCUCACUGGCUCAGCACAAGAUCCCCAACUCCCCUACCCAGUGCACAGAAGCAAUUCUCCCUGCCUCUGGCCCCUCCCCACCCCCUCCAGUGUCCCCGCCACAGGGACACAAGGAAACGAGAUAUCCUGAAGACAGUCAGGCAGCCGCAGCCAAAGCAUCUGGGAAAUCGCGGUCCGUGUUCUGCCCAGCUGCCUCCUGUCUGUUUGAAGCUAAAUCGCCAUUCUCAACAGCCCACCCAGUCACCUCAUUACUGCCACCUGAAGCUGGGGGCCCUCGCGGGAGCCCCACACGAUGCUGGAGGAGCAGCUCAGGGCCACGGCUGAGAGGGUGCUCACAGCGGGGGAUGGCUCUGUGUGCCCUCAACCCUCAGCCCUUCAUCAGGCGCGCAGCUUCUGACCGCCAGCCAGGUGUCUGCCUUCACCUGCCUGUCCUGGGCGCCGCCAGCAGCGCUUGGGAGGCCCAGCUUGGCCAGAGCAGCAACAGUGAGGAGAACCCCAGCAAGGACUCCCAGCCCCUGAGCAGCCCCUGCGCCCCAGAACCGAAGGGCAGUGGCAGGGCCGUCUGUCCCCCAGGACUCUGCGUGCUGGGCCACGGGCUGCGACGGGAGGCCAGUGCCGGCCGCACCCAGGACAAGCCCCAGCAGAAGGAAGAAGGCAAAGGGUGACCGCCAAGCGUCAAGCUGCCCCAUAGCUGGCGGGCCAACCAAACUCCUCCUGAGGUGUCCUGGAAAGGCCUGGAAGGUACCCUGCCCAGCAGGUCUGCUACAUUAUAAACAAUCACUGUUUUUGGUCCCAGCUCCUGGUUUGCCUUGGGGCCCAAAAGUUAACUAACACUUUGGAUGCCACAAUAACACUCUUAAUCCUUCAGGUACUGGCCUUAAUUUAGAGGAAACAUGAGUUUAUUGCAUGCUUGAUGGGCCACGUGUUUCACCUGCCUCAGCCCCUGACAUUGCUUCAUCCUCACCAUACAGGAAGCAGAUAGCACUCUCCUGGCUUUGUGGGCAAGAAAACCAAAGCAUCCCCCACCCAGUGACUUGCCUGAGGUUGCCCAGCAAUAAAGUGAACAGGUGUAGGGGCGUAGAAUCUGUUGUCUUUCAUUACGUCUCAUUGCUCCCGAAUGUCCCCUCACUCCAUCAGCCUAAAACAGAUACUGCUGUGCAAACAACAGGAAAGCUUUGUUUUUUAAGGUUAAAUACUGGCACAGCAUUCGGGUCCCCAAGAAGAACUUUGAUUAGAAGUUGGUUGCUCCAGCGAUGAGAGCCCCACCCAUUUUCUUGCUUCUCCUCCUUCCCCAGCUCAGCUCCAAAGCCCAAAAGGCAAAGUUCCCGGCC